CGGCGGCGCGCACUCAGAUCCUCCUCCCCGUCCCUCCAGUGAUGUUUAUUUCAGGAAACGGGACUGACAGUAAAUACAACUACACUCUCAGCUGCUGCACGAGUCGCAGACGAGUGAAAACAUGCUGAUGGUCGCAUGAGGAGGACGCGAAAAUGGUGUUUGAGUCGGUGGUGGUCGACGUGCUGAACCGGUUUCUGGGGGACUAUGUUGGAAACCUCGACAGCUCGCAGCUCAGCCUCGGCAUAUGGGGAGGUGAUGCCAUAUUGAGGAACCUCGAGAUUAAAGAAAAUGCAUUGAGCCAGCUGGACAUUCCUUUCAAAGUCAGAGCAGGACACAUUGGGCGUUUGGAGUUAAAGAUCCCCUGGAAGAACCUGUACACUCAGUCUGUGGAGGCCACGCUGGAUGAAGUUUACCUGCUCAUCGUACCUACUGCUAGUAUAAAGUAUGACGCAGAGAAGGAGGAGCGGCAGCUGCAGGAGUCUCGGCAGAGGGAGCUCCAGCGCAUCGAGGAGACCAAACAGAAAGCAGCAGAAAAAGAGAAUCCAAAGGGUGAGAAGCAGGACACAUUUGUGGAGAAACUGGUAACACAGGUGAUCAAAAACCUGCAGGUCAAAAUAUCCAACAUUCACGUCCGCUAUGAGGAUGAUGUCACCAAUCCCAGUGUUCCUCUCUCCUUUGGGAUAUCAUUACAAAACCUCAGUCUCCAGACGGCGGAUCAGAACUGGAACCCCUGUCUUCUGGAUGAGAAAGCCAAACUGUUUUUUAAGCUUGUACGUCUGGAUAAUCUGUUUGCGUACUGGAACGUCAGUUCAGAGCUGUACUCCAACCACAACCCUGAGGAGGCUCUGCGAUACCUGAAGCACAGCGUAGCCAUCCAGACUGCCAUCCCUCAGGAUUAUCACUUCAUCUUUCGUCCAAUAUCUGCCAAUGCCAAGUUGCGGAUGAACCCUCGCUCUGAUGUAGACUUCUCCUCACCCAAAAUGGACCUGGUGGUCAACCUUCCUGAAGUGGCCGUGGAGCUCAGCCGACCACAGUACGUCAGCAUUCUGGAGCUGUUGGGGUCGGUGGAUAUGAUGACCCGUAACCUUCCUUACAGGAAGUAUCGGCCAUAUGUGGUGGUUCACACUAACGCUCGUCAGUGGUGGCGAUAUGUGAUCACGGGUGUUCUGGAGGUCAAUGUGAAGCCUCGUCUUCACAUGUGGUCUUGGCUGCAUAUUCGUCGACAUCGGCAGCAUGUGAAAAAGUACAGAGAGCUUUAUAAGAAUAAAAUCAUCAGUAAGAAACCGGCAGAGAGUCUGCUGAAGGAGCUGGAGGAGACUGAAAGAACAUUAGACAUAUUCAACAUCACAAUGGCGAGACAGCAGGCUGAGAUGGAGGCCUCGAAGGCAGGGCUCAGGAUUUACCGGCCCGGGGUGAAGGUGGAGGAGGAACAGUCACAGGGCUGGUUUGGCUGGAUGUGGAACUGGUCUGGAGAAGCCAGUGCCACUCAAACCAAAGACGUCAAAACUGGAGGUUUUGAUGGGUUAAUGACGCCUGCAGAGAAAGCCAAACUAUACGCUGCCAUCGGAUACAGCGAAACUGCUGUCAACCCCAACCUGCCAAAAAAUUUUGAAAACAUGAAGAUGAAUUUCCAUCUUCUCCGCCUGUCCCUGUCCAUCAAAGAGAGCCGAGAGAAGGCGGAGAUCAUCAAACUGUCUGUCAUUGACCUGAAGGCCAUGCUGACUCAAAGACCCGCGGCUCAAGCUAUAAAGAUCUCCGCUCAGCUGUCGUCGUUUGAAGUGUCCGGUCUCCCGCGGGAAAAGUCGGCCCCGAUCCUGCUUUCUCCACGUCAUGUGGACGGCAUGAAGGAUAAAAGUCUGCUGAACCUCAUGUUCGAGACCAACCCGCUGGACGCUCGUGCUGACCAGAGACUGCGCAUCGAGUCCCAGCCGCUGGAGAUCAUCUAUGAUGCAAUGACCGUGAACAGUAUGUCCGCUUUCUUCAUGCCUCCUAAAGACCUGCAGCUGGAUGAACUGACCAACGCCACACUGAUGAAGCUGGAGCAGUUCAGAGACAAAACCUCCACAGGCCUCAUGUACAUCAUUGAGACGCAGAAAGUUCUGGAUCUGAAAAUAAACCUCAUGGCCUCGUAUGUCAUCGUACCGGAAAACGGCUUUUAUGACCCCAAACACAACCUUGCCAUUCUAGAUCUGGGUCAUUUUCAGAUGUCAAGUCAGAGCCGAGCUGAUCUUCCUCAGCUGUCUGCGGGCAGCAGUACUCUAGAGGACAUCAUGUCUCGAGCGUACGACAGCUUCGACGUCCAGCUCAGCAGUCUGCAGUUCCUCUACUCCAAAGCAGGUGGAGACUGGAAGCGGGCUCGUCCGCUAAGACAGUCUGCUUUCCACAUCCUGGAGCCAGUGGACCUGAAGGUGGUCUUUAGCAGAGCGAUGGUGGUCACAGACUCCAGGAUGCCCAAGUUUAAGAUGCACGGUGAGCUGCCUCUGCUGUCUCUGCGGAUCUCUGAUGAUAAAGUGCGUGGCGUUCUGGCUCUGCUCAGCAGUAUUCCUCUACCUGAGAGCCGGCCCACGCCUCAGUCCAGAAACACGCAGGCCACUCCAAAGGCCUCCAAGCGAGGAAAUACCCCUCAGCUCACGCCCCGAAGGCCAGCUAUAGAUGACCUGCGUGCGUCCAUCAUAUACGGCUCAGAGGAGGAGCUGUUCUUUGACGCCCCCAGUUCACCGAUCGAGGAUCUGCCGUUCUUCGAGGCCUCGUCGGACUCUCGGCAUGCUUCAGCAGCUGAUAAACGUCUGUCUAUGGUGCUCAAAGACCCCAAGAAGAACAUGACUGAGUUUCUGCUUAGUUUUGAGAUCAACAAGCUCUCGGUGCAGCUGUGCCGUGUGUCGAAUAGACAGGAAGUGAGUGUUCUGCAUCUGUUCAUCGAUGGAUUGGGAACAGAGCUCAAACUUCGCACGUUUGACAUGUCGUCGUACACUUUCCUGCGUGAGAUCUGCCUCGAGUGCUCAGAAUACUUGGAUUCUGAGGACAAGAAAGUUCACCUUAUCACCACGCUGGACAACACAGAGGAGGAUCUGCUCACUCUGGAGUAUGUCAAGGCAGACAAAAAUGCACCAGAUUUUAAAGCUAUGUACAAAAAUACAGAGCAACUAAUCAAGGUGAAUUUCUCCUCUCUGGACAUUCACCUGCACACAGAGGCUCUCCUGAACUCCAUGAACUUCCUAAAUAAUCUUCUGCCACCGAUGAAGAAGGAGACCCAGGAGGAACAACCAAUAAUUCCCAAGGAGGAAGAGGAGGAGGAGGAGGAAGAAGAAGAAGAGGAGGAGGCUAAAGUAGAGAAUUCUGCUGUGGCCAAGAAGUCUUCCUACAAGAAGUCAAAGUUUGAGGAUGUGGUGAAUUUGCACAUCCGCGCAGACCUCAACUGUCUGAAGGUGUUCAUACGAGGAGAGAAAGCCAGGAUCUCUGAGAUCAGCAUAGAGGGACUGGUUUCUGAAGUUCAGAUGAAGAAGAAGUCUGUGGAGAUUCUGGCUAACUUGAAGAACAUCAUCAUUCUGGAUUGUGACAAAGAGGCACUUUAUAAAAAGGCAGUGUCCAUCGCUGAUAAGGAGGUGUUUGAUUUCCGCAUGGUGAACCAUGUCGAUGCAACGGAGGGUGACGCUUACACAGACAUGCACAUUGUGGACACUAGCGUAACCCUGACCGUGGGCUGCAUUCAAGUUAUUUUCCUCAACAAGUUUAUGUCCUCAAUACUGGCAUUUAUUAAUAAUUUCCAGGAGGCUAAAAAUGCAUUGGCGGAGGUGACGGCCCAGGCAGCAGAGAAAGCAGCCACGGGGGUUCUGGAGCUGGCAGAGAGAAGUACUCGGAUCUCCCUGGACGUCGACAUCAAAGCUCCUGUUGUCUUCCUCCCACAAUCCUCAGUUUCCCACAACGUCAUUGUGGCAGAUCUGGGUUUAGUGACUGUAAAGAACCGCUUUGAGAUCGUCUCCUCUCCAACACACACCAAGAUCCCUCCUGUCAUGGACAUCAUGGCUGUCGGAUUGAGUGAUCUGAAAAUGUACAGGACAACGUUCACUGAUGACAAGUUUAACAGCGAGAUUCAGUUGCUCAAGCCAGUCAACAUGGACCUGUCAAUCAAACGCAAUCUCUCCGCCUCCUGGUAUCACAGCAUACCCGACAUCCAGAUCAAUGCUCACCUCAAGCCCAUGAGCCUGAUCUUGAGUCAGGAGGAUCUGACUGUGGUGCUGAAGACUCUGAGUGAGAAUCUGUCCGAGACGUCUGAUGCUCCUCCAGCUCCGUCCAGCUCUGAUAAAGGAGAUACGGUUUCUAACAAAGGCUCCCAGGGUUCUGGAGGCAACACCGUUGUGACCGCAGCAGUGGUGGAGGGUCAGAAAUCAGGCAAACUGAAGAACACCCUAAAACUGAACUUCAAGUUUGACUCCAUGACGCUGGUCCUCUACAGCCCGAACAGCGAGAUCCAGUUGUCCGACUCUCGUGAUGAGAGUUUGAAGUUGGCCGAGUUCACACUGGGCACCAUCUCCACCAGUGUGCACAUGUUCUCCGACAGCUCCAUGAAGGCCUCGCUCAAACUCACCAACUGUCUGCUGGAUGACAAGAGGCAGGGAGUGAAGAUGAUUACAUCCAGGAUGAUGGCGAUGCGUCAGGACCGAGAGGACAGUGUGAUGGUGGACGUCAGCUACCGCCAGAGUCGGGACGGGACUCGUCUGGACACCCUCGUGCAAGACCUUUAUCUUUGUGCCAGUAUGGAGUUUCUGCUCACUGUAGCUGAUGUGUUUCUUAAAGCUCUGUCUGACGGCUUCUCCGGUCCUCCAAAGAGUAACAAACAACCGGCCAGCACCUCUAAAGACCCAGCGGCUCCUGCUCCACCAGUGGUUGCUAAAACCGAGAUGAAUGUGGUGGUGAAGAACCCAGAGAUCGUGUUUGUGGCGGAUCUGACGCGUGCUGAAGCUCCGGCUCUGGUCAUGACCACUCAGUGUGAGCUGGUGAUGAAGAGCGAGCCCAGCGGUCAGUGCAUGACGGCCGCCAUUUCAGACCUGAAGAUUGUGGCCUGUCCGUUCCUGCGGGAGAAGAGGGAGAACAACGUGACGACGGUCCUACAGCCCUGCGAGGUUUUCUUCCAGAGCCGACAGUCAAACACUGAGCCGCAGUGCAUCGAGCUGUCCAUCAGCGCACUCACGCUCAAGGUGUCUCCGAUCAUCAUAAACACGGUCAUCACCAUUCAGACGGCUCUAAGUCCUGCCGCUGAGACGCCGCAGGAGCUGGAGAGCCCCAUCCCACAGGACCUAUGGGAGCGCCGCAGCCUUCGCGACCUGAAGCUCUGGUUCCUGGAGGAGGAGGGCGAGGAGGUCAGCACGUCCGUCACGCGUCUCAUUCCUCAGGGAGAGUCUCUGAAGAUGAGCAUCGCCUCCAUCUGCCUGACGCUGGAGGCCGGAGUGGGACACCGCACCGUCCCCAUGCUGCUGGCCAAAGCCUCGUUCCAGGGGGACGUCAAGGACUGGAGCACUCUCAUCAACCUGCACUGCCACCUCAGCAUGGAGGUGAACUACUAUAAUGAGAUGAUGGGUUUAUGGGAGCCGCUGUUGGAGCCGCUGGACGAUGAGGAUAAAGACGGUUUUAGACCCUGGACUCUCGCACUGAAGAUGAAGAAGAAGCCGGUGGUCAGUUCUGGGGUGUCUGAUGAGGUGGACGGCGCUGUGCCUGAUUAUAAAACGGUCAUCAGCUUCACUAGUAAAGACCAGCUUAACGUCACCCUGUCCAAGUGUGGUCUGCACAUGCUCAGUAAUCUGGGAACGGCUUUUGCAGAGGCCGCUAAACAGACGGCCGAGUGCUUUCAGACAGAUCAGACACCAUUCGUGGUGAAGAAUCGCCUGGGUUUGGCGGUGUCUGUGCUGCACAGCGAAGUGUUUCGACCCAUCGGGAAGGAGUCUAAGGAUCGUGUGGUGGAGCUCCCGGAUGGAGAGAGUCUGAAUUUGGACUAUACCCUCACCGCCGAGUCCAGCGACCAGUUCUCUGCCAUGACCAGCCUCAGUGCCAAAAACUACAUACAGCCCACUCCAGUCGGCCACACGACCGCAAGUGUGAUCCCGCUCAUCAAAACGGGCCGGGGCAUGUACAGCGUCAUGCACAACGAGUCCCGCGUCACUCGCUUCUUCGUCUGUCAGAUUUACACCGUCGAGGGCAGCAAAUAUGUCAAGAUUCGCUCUCCCUUCCAGAUUAUCAACCACUUUUCAGUGCCGUUCCGUGUUUAUGAAGGAUCCGUGUUUCUGGGCGAGUCUCUGCCGACAGAGGAGUUCUGUGUGCCGCUGGGAUCCUACAGAGCUGAGCUGAGUCUGCAGCCUGUGCCUGAUGGCGGUGAAGAGUACGAGCACUCCGAGAGCUUCACCUACACUGAGGUUGUCCAGAAACCCGGAAAGUGUCUGGAGAAAAACUGCCAUCUGCGUGGUGACAGCGCCCAGAUUCUGAAGGUCAACAUGGUUCCUCUUGCGGACACAGUGACGUCCCACAGCAGCGAGGAGGAGUUCGAUAAGCCCAUCGUACUGCAUUUGUGGCCCACCGUCCUGCUGCGCAACCUGCUGCCCUACCCAAUUACUUUCAAGCUAAAGGGCAUCGGAGAUUCCCCCUCGGUGUCGCUGAAGGAGGGCCACUCAUCCCAGAUCCACACCGCCAUCAUGGACUUCUCCGUGUUGGAUCUGAGGCUGCUGGGAUACUUGCAGCAGGACUGGGAGUCUCAGUACAGCCUCAGCAGUGAACAAGACGAGAUCAGCUUCAUUAAGUUUCGCUCGCUCGCACGUGAGGAGGAGACUGAGAGCCGGCCGGAGCUGGACAUCGCUAUGCAUGUGAAGAAGGAGGAGGGUCAGGUUGUGCUGGCCGUACACUCGCCGUACUGGAUGGUGAAUAAAACAAGCCGACUGCUGCAGUACAAGGCGGAUGAUAUUCAUCGCAAACACCCCAAGGAUUACGACAUGCCGCUGCUCUUCUCCUUCAAGCCACGCAACUUCCUGCAAAACAACAAGAUCCGCCUGAUGAUCUCAGAAAGUGAGCUGUCAGAUGAUUUCUCCAUCGACACUGUCGGGAGUUACGGAGAUGUCAAAUGCAAAGGCAGACAGAAGGAUUACUUGGUGGGAGUGAAGAUCGAUGCUAGCAGCUUCAGCUUGACACGUUUGGUGACUUUUCUGCCAUUCUACAUGCUGGUGAACAGAACCAAACAUGUGAUUCGGGUCUGUGAGGAGGGGCAGGAGAACUGGACAGAAGCCCGACCCGGACAGGCUGCUGUUCCAUUCUGGCCAGAAAGAGACUCAAAGAAGCUGAGAGUGAAGGUGGAGGGCAGUCAGUCGUCACCACGCGCCUUUGACUUCCACCAGCCAGAGAACUGCCUCCUGCUGCAUCUGGACAAAAGCUUGGGUGGCAUCAUUGUGGAUGUGAAUCUGACAGAGCAUUCAGCUGUGAUCCUCUUCUCUGAUUAUCAUGAUGGAGCCGCUCCCUUCCUCCUCAUCAACCACACUAAGGACGAGACGCUGCAGUACCACCAGAGCAACAGUAAGAGGAAGCCUUCGACGUGGUUUCAGGAUGAAAUACUGGAUUUAUCAAUGAGGGAUGAGACUGAUUCCCUCUGCUCUCAGGCCGAGAUCGAUGAACUGAGUCCAGGUCAGGCGGUUUACUACACCUGGGCUGAACCAACCGGCUCCAGGAUCCUCAGCUGGAAACUGGGCAAAUACAAAGGAGAGCUCAAGAGUGAAGAGGAUCAGUUGCUGGAUGUGGACAAGGAGGGCAAGUUGUUUUUGGUGUCGUUUUAUGAAGGCCUCCAGCGUGUGGCGCUCUUCACCAGCGAGCAGCGCAUCUUCAAGAAGAUCUGCGACAGUGAGAAGAUAGAGCUGGCUCAGCAAGAAAUCAGCAUCUUGCUGCAGAACAUGGGCAUUUCGCUGGUCAACAACAACUCCAGCCAGGAAGUGGCCUUCAUUGGCAUCACCAGCUCUGAUGUUGUGUGGGAAACCAAGCCGAAGAAGCGCAGCCGCUGGAAAGUUCUGAGUGUUAAAGAGGCAGCAGUUCUGGAGCAGCACUACAGAGACUACAUGGAGAACGGCCCAGUGGACAGCACCAUCAUAGACCUGGACAACGACUACCAGGUGUUGUUUGCUGCUAACGGUGUGGACAUGAGGAUCAUGCAGCCCUACGAUGCUCCACUCAGAAGGAACUUCCUGCCGGCGUUGAAGGUGGAGUACAGCGUUUCAGCCCGCCAGAAAACAUACAGAGUCCAGAUCAACAGGAUCCAGAUCCAAAACCAGCUGCAAGGAGCCAUAUUCCCGUUUGUGUUUUACCCCAUCAAACCGCCAAAGUCUGUCAGCAUGGACUCAGAGCCAAAACCGCUGGCUGACGUGAGCAUCAUCACCAGAGCAGCAGGACACUCCGACAUUCUGCGCAUCAAAUAUUUUAUGGUGUUGAUUCAGGAGAUGGACCUGCGGCUGGAUCUGGGCUUUCUGUAUGCCAUACUUGAGCUCUUCACUGCUGAACACACCAGUGCUGUGACGUCUGAACAGGAGGUGGAGUUGUUUGAUAAAGACAUAGAGUAUCUAAAGACUGAGUUAAAUCAUGUUUCAGCUACAGACACAUCUCCCAUCAGCCUCUACGAGUACUUCCACAUCUCUCCUAUAAAGCUUCACUUGAGCUUGUCUCUGAGCAGUGGUGGUGAAGACAGCAAUAAGCAAGAGCGCGAGACGGAGCUGAUCCCAGUUCAGUCUCUCCAUCUGCUGCUCAAGAGCAUCGGGGCUACACUUACAGACGCACAGGACGUCCUCUUUAAACUGGGCUUCUUCGAGCUGAGGUAUCAGUUUCGCACCACUCAGCAGCUGCAGUGGGAGGUCGUUCGCCAUUACUCCAAACAGGCUAUCAAGCAGAUGUAUGUCCUUGUUCUGGGUUUGGACGUUCUUGGGAAUCCAUUCGGGCUGAUCCGGGGCCUGUCUGAAGGCGUCGAGGCUUUCUUUUACGAGCCCUAUCAGGGUGCAAUUCAGGGUCCAGAGGAGUUCAUGGAGGGCAUGGCUCUCGGCGUGAAGGCUCUGGUUGGAGGCGCUGUGGGUGGUCUGGCCGGAGCGGCGUCUCGCAUCACUGGAGCGAUGGCUAAAGGUGUGGCGGCGAUGACGAUGGAUGAAGAGUACCAGCAGAAGAGACGAGAGGCCAUGAACAAACAGCCCAGCGGACUGAGAGAAGGACUGACACGAGGAGGAAAAGGACUGGUGUCUGGCUUCGUGAGUGGCAUCACGGGCAUUGUGACCAAACCCAUUAAAGGAGCUCAGAAGGAAGGAGCGGCAGGUUUCUUCAAGGGUAUGGGUAAGGGUUUAGUUGGAGCUCUGACCAGACCAACAGGGGGCAUCAUUGACAUGGCCAGCAGCACCUUCCAGGGCAUCAAGAGAGCUGCAGAGCUGUCUCAGGAUGUGGAGAGUCUGCGCCCUCCACGCUUCAUCCACGAGGACGGAGUGAUCCGGCCGUACAGAGAGAGAGAAGGCCUCGGCAGUCAGAUGCUGCAGAGUAUUGAAAACGGACGGUUUGCCAAGUACAGGUACUUUGCUCACGCUAAAGUCAACGAGUCUGAUUUCCUGAUGAUCACUAAAAGGGGGAUCUUUUUCGUGACAAAGGGCACGUUUGGUCAGUUGACAUGUGAAUGGCAGUAUCUGUUCGAUGAGUUUACUAAAGCACCCAUGAUUGUGGAAGGCAGGAGACUGCGCAUCGAAGCGAAGGAGAGAGUCAAGUCAGUGUUUCACGCCAAAGAGUUCGGGAAGAUCAUCAAUUUCAAAACUCCAGAAUUAGCAAAGUGGGUUCUUGCCAAGCUUGAAGACGCUCGGGAGAAUCUGCCCAAGUGACGCUUGAAGCGACUGCGCUCUGCUCUGUGCCUUUAACAGUGUGACACUUUACCCACAAUGCAACAGUCGUUCACUAAACACCCCAAGCUGACUGUUAGACUGUGUGCACGAGUGUUGGGUUUACAUCGCACACACCUGCAGACUCAUUCACACACAGACACACACUACGUCGUCCUCUACAAUGUGCCUCAAGAUGCGGAUCAUGUCUCUUUAACACAAAUCCUGCUGAAGUGUAAAUGAAGAUUGUUUUAUACGCGGAUUAAUAAAGACCAACACACUGUAUGUAUUUUAUUUGUCCUGAAAAAGAGCGGGAAUGUCUGAAACUGUAUGUACAGGAUAUUUUUAAUACGUGGCUUUGCAUGCAAUCUUAUUUUGAUCGUCUGUGUUUAUUUAAUUGAUCCUCCUGCUCGUCCAUCAAGACCUGUAACGUAACUCAGAUAUGCAAAAGUGGAUUAUUAUUAUUUAGCGAUGGGUGAAAAUAUUGACGUCUAUGAAUUGAUAUUAAAGUCAUCCUGAAAUCAG